AGCCCCCCCCCUACCCCCACGUGACCCGAGUGUUGACUUCUGCAUUGGGGGUAACGCAAGAGGGACGUCGUGGUUCGCUUUGAGUGCCAAAAAACUUUAUAACAAAAUUAUUUCACGACCGUGAACGCGAGAGACACUUUUUUUUGCUUUCUGCGUCGCGCUCGAGUUGUGUUGGCGCCGCGCCAGUAAUAUGGAUAAGCUGAGGCGAGUGCUCAACGGAGAGGAGGAUGAGAACGAGAGCGGCCUGGUCGGGCAGAUCGUGGAAGGAUCCACGAUGAGUUGGGGGACACGCUUGAAGUGUUUCGUCGCGUGCUUCAUCUUCGGAAUCCUGUGCUCCAUCCUGGGCACUGUGUUCCUGUGGUUGAAGAAUGGGCUCAUCCUCUUUGCUGUGUUUUACUCGCUGGGGAACAUCUGUGCUCUCUGCAGCACCUGCUUCCUGAUGGGCCCUCUGAAGCAGAUGAAGCGAAUGUUCAAUCCGACGCGGGCCAUCGCCACCAGCGUCAUGCUGUGCUGUCUGGUGUGCACGCUCUGCUCUGCCUUCUGGUGGAAGAACAAGCCUCUCGCACUGCUAUUCUGUGUCCUGCAGUUCCUCUCCUUGACCUGGUACAGCCUCUCGUACAUCCCCUACGCACGGGACAUGGUGAAGAAAUGCUUCACGUCCUGCUUGGCUUAACCGCAGUCAAGUGGCCGUCAAACAUUCCCUCCACCACCACCCCCCCGCAAAGCUCACGGAUUGUACCCUCCCACGGUGGCAUCAUCAGCAGCCAUGAUCAAUCCACUGCCGAGUGAAGGCCUCCCCAAGUUGUCACGCCACCUCUUUCCAAUCCUACGCACGAGCCGAUCUCGUCGCUCCAUCUCCCCGGGUGAACGUACUGGCACCCUGUCGUUACUGUUGACCGUCGGCUGCCAUUACUUUCCAGCCAUGACCUGUCUUUUGGGGGGGGAGGCCGUUUCCUUAAAAGUCUUAAUGGUGUCUUUAACCCGCGUACGUUUUUCCUGCUGCACGUAAAAACAUAGUGUAAAAAAAUUAAAAUUUUGGGCAAUACUUAUUUAUUUUCCAGCGAUUCGCAGCCACGAUCAGAAAGUCUUGCCUGGGGUGGUGCGUCAACAUCAGUUCUCGUGAUGUCGAAGCAGUUGGAAGACGAAUGUCCAUUCAAAUUUAGAUUUUAGACUGGUGUGUUAUGCUGCACCGGUGUACCGCCAAUACGUCCAAAUCCUGAUUUGGACAUCUGCUAACUGCUUCAAGGAAAACUUGCUUUCAGACGCCAAUGAAGCUCAGUGUUCUGUAGCCUUAAUAACGGUUGUGUUUAUCGGCUUAUGCUGCAGUGUGAGCUAUGUUGAGCUGCAUGCAGCACAUACACUCAGAAGGCCCAGGCUCUGCAGGGCUCGACGAGUGAGUGAGGUUGAUUCUUCUCACUGAGAGUGGUGUUUAGUACAGCUUUGCUUUUCGUAGCGCGUGUGCGCCGAUGCGUGCUGUCUGAAAGUGGCCUUUAAUGACGUUGCGCCUUUAGGUAAUCAUGAUUGAUUCUAUACACACAUUAUUAGACAUUUAUACGUGAAUGUUGUUUUUGUGACUGUACAGAAAGGCACACAUUUUAAAAUGUUCACUGAAAAAGCACACAUUUAAAAGUUACAAAAAAAGUUGAGGUGGCUGGGUGGAUCAGAGCAUUUAAGCACUGAGCCAGCAAUGCUAAUAUUCUGGGUUUGAAUCUAGGUUCACGUGUACAGUGAGUUAAUGGUCUCAGCCUGGUCACCGAAAACUGCACAAAACUUCGCAUUAAAUUAGAUUUUGCACAGAAUUUGGCUAAAUAUCGGCUCUGAUAAUAAAAAAAUAUCGCUCUAACUGUCACGCGAUGAGCAUCACUCAAAUUGGCAAGAGUGGGUGAAAAAAUUGGUUCCCGCUUCCGCAUACACCAGAGGUCACUUAAAGGGAUCUCAGCGGUAGCUCUCUGAUGUCCGCUUCUGUGGGCCGUUCUCUAACACGAAGGGUUGCACUGCUGUGCGAGAGAUCGUUUGGAUACUUUGUCUCACGACACAAUGGCGGUUGCACAGUCGGGAUAAAAUGUGUAAAAAUAAAAAAAACGGUGUAAAAACAUCAAAUAGAAGUAUUUAGGAUACGUUGCCUUCUUUUUGUAACGGGGAAUCCAAAAAAUACAAAAAGCAGAGUGGUUUUAUUUUUACGGGAUAUUUUUCAUGAAGGCCCUUUUCAGCGCUAUUUAUAUUUCUAUGUGCACAAUAUUUUUAGAAAGGUAUUUUAAUAACGUGCUGCGAUGCAUUUUGAAUAAUUUUAAAGAUAUAUUGAGCUCAUCGAUGCGAGUGUGUCCAUUCACCAGCUAUGAAUACACGAGAGGAGCUUUGCUUUCAAAGGCUGCGGUAACCUCUUCUGGGGUAAUUUCUUCUGCGGGGGAGAAUAUUCGUGUAACAAUCGGCAGCACAACCCGGGACAUCGGAACGCUGUACACCACAACCACAAACACCGACGCAGGAGUGUAUAACGUAAGUCGAUAAUUUGCGUAUAAUUUGCAUCAAGUGUAAAUGCUAUAUCUGAUUCUCACAUGUGAUUGGAUGGGUGCAUAUUGAGCCUGUGAAUUAAUUGUAAUCGAUGAGACAAUAUUAUUACAUGCCGAAGAGUUUUGGGUUUGGCCAUCCAGUAGUUUAGUAUCACGUGAGAAAUUUCUUUGCGCUGAUUAGCUUACCAAGGAACUGUUCGUUGCAGUCCUCUCAAUGGUAACUGCUUAUUUGCUUUCACAUUCACACACACUUAGCGGAGUUUAUCUCUAUUUUAACUACUUAAAUUGUUAUUUUCACCAUAAUUAUUUCUGUUGCAUUAUGGUGUUCUUUGUACGUUGAUGCCAAAAUCACGUCGUUCUUAAAGUGCGGUAGUUUGUAAAGUGUUAUUUUGUAAAUGCCUCAUGUUGGAAAUAAGUAAUUUACGCCUCAUUGAAAGAUCACUAAGGGGCGCCACUGUGGCGAGGUGUUAACUCCCUCACCUGGUAUGCAGGAGGUCGUGGAUUCAAUCCCGACCCUGGUGCCUGCUGUAUAUUUGGAGUUUGCUUGUUCUCCCCAUGGUAAAAUAACAAUAGUUUAGUUUAGUACUGACUUCAUCUCGCGAGCAUUGCUAAGCACUACAGCUCAAGCACGCGCAGUGAUCCAGUGCCCUAGACGCAGCCAUCUAGAGCGAGCAGCCGAGUGGUCUUCAUCGUCAUCAUCAGCCAUGGUCAAUCCCUGAUGCACGAAGGCCUCCCCAAACCGCGGCCACCUCUCGCGCUCGGGCAAUCCCAACGAGCACCUUGCACAAGAGAUCGGGCAAAUACUCGGAAUACGGCACGUGCGGCAUUAGUCUUGCCAACAGCGGACCGCUGGGCACUAUCCAGUUGCGUGCGGGUUUUAUCUGCUCGACCAAUUGUUUACGUUCAAUAAAUGAAUAGGACUACUUCAUUCAACCGCAGGCGUUCUUGCCAAAUAUUUUACGUUCAGCGGUGUUUACACACUCGCAUGCCAACUUUCGCGUGCGCUAUGCACUGCUGACAGCACGUGUUUAGGAGUGCCCAUUCGAGAAAAGAGCAUGCCACGUUAGCCGAAGGCUGCAGGUGGUCCCCAUUAUCCCCUUGCCUGCCACAUUCUUAAUUCGCACCGUUAUCGAGAAUAUGGAAUGUGGGGAAUGAUAAUUUAUUUUUCAAUAAUGGUCGCUGACCUCCACGGCGCAGCAGACCUCCCCGGAGUCUUUCAUUCAGUCGUGGAAACCAGCAGCAACUCGUUAGUCCCGGACUGGGUGGAGACCGGGCCAAGCAGUACGUCGAUUGUUGCUUCAAGCCCGGUGGCCUCUCUGGUUAUUACAAAAAAAAGUGAUUUCUCAAAUGAGCAUCAAGGCAGUGCCAGUCUCCCGUUUACAGCCAUGAGAAAAAUUGGACAUUCCACAUUCCUAUGGCGAAGGCGAUUAAAUCCGGAGUCGAACCACCUUCCAAAAAAAAAUGUGCACAUUUCAUCGAACCAAGUAAACUUCCAGCCUGGAUUUGAACUCGCUUCCUUCCUAUUGCGGUCUGCUUGCUGUGCUGCUGAGGCAAGUGGCCGGUGUAAUGCUGUCGGGGUAUUGACCCCUAAAUAUUCACCAUCUGCCUCGCACCGGCCACCGAUGACUGCAUGCACCAAAACAAAACCCGACGCAUUCCAAUGUGGUUCCUGCAUGCGCUUAAUUUGGCUACAAAUCCAGCGUCGCCGAGCGUUCAUCUCGCGUGGCAGUGCUGGUGGCAAUUUGGUGUGCACCUACCGUGCGGACCCGAUCACUUGGCCGGAUUCCCCCAGGGGGCGGGGGCGGCGGCGGGGUCGGGGGGGGGUAGUUUUGUGGUAUCCGCUUCCGUGGGCCGUUCGCUGACACGAAAGAAAGGCCGUGCGGGAGAUGCGGACGGAUGCUUCGCUUCGUCACGCGGGACCAAUGGCGCUGUUGGAACGGAAUGCUCGUGGAAAGUUCCAGGAGCGUUUCGGUGGUGACGUUGCCGAGCCCGGGUGCAGCUUGUCCAGCCAUAAACGUAUACGAGAAUAACAUUCCGGGAGUGCGCGUCCACAGCUCGCUGUCGCAGUUGUAUUGUUUUGAAAGUGAAAAUGUCUCUCACACGUUACCGUUUAUUGUGCACCACCGAAGGCGGGCCGCUUCGUACUCGAUCUUCACCCACCGUUUUUUUGUGUGUGAUCACGUGACGAUUGCCGCUUUAGUCUUGGGAACGCCCGAGGAUGUCGAGCACCGCACCUGCUUAAAGAAAUUCAGCGUGCCGCGAUGCCGCGUCGUUGUGCUUGCAUCGAUCAGGGUUUUUUGCAACCCGGUGGGUGUGCUGCGCACGACGAUUGACCGGACGUUUCGCUUCGCUUGCCGGGAGCUUCUUCAGGAAAGAAGAACACCGGCGCCGCAACCAGAACGGGCGCACACGGGAACAAUAUGCGGCACGGCCGAGAAGGCGGUGUGCGUGUAUGUCCGGGAUUCACGGAGGCAGCCGCACAGCUUGACAUGUGGCGUGUAAGUCCACGCCUGUUUGGAAGUGCACCCCGAGUUGGAACGCGCAUUUGUGGUGAGACCCAGUGGCAUAAAUAAUGCAAAAGGCAGUUAUGCUCUUGACGUGGGAUGUUCAACCUGGGCAGGAGUAGAGAAUUGCGUAUUUGACAACUUUGUAUAAAAACAGUGUAUAGUUUACAUUGUGGUUUAAUUUAAUAUUUGAAAGCUAACAAGGACCUUGUUCUUUGGAUUAUCAACCCCCCCCCAUUUUAAAGCAAAAUUUCGGGUGCGGCUUAUAAUCCGGUAGAGGGUGGGGGGUGAGAAAGACGUGAUUUGUAUAAUUUUAUUUGACACAGGACACAAGUUUGGAGUGAGUUGUAUACUUUUAGGAGCGUCUUUCAAUCCAGAAAUUACAGUAGCUGUCCACAUGUGAGCCUUUGUUAAAUUUGAGUGAUAAUUAAGGAUAGUUUACCUUCAAUGGAACUCUGAUUAUUUACCUACGGUUUUGCUAUUACUUUAUGUUCAAUGUAAGCUUUGUGUAGUGUGAAGUGCUGGAAGUGAAUAUAGUCAUGGGCAGAGUUGAGGCCUGAAUGGAUUAUUUGAUUUUAUUUCGGUUUAUUUUAUUACAAUGAUUCACCAAGCUAAGUCGUUGCCGUAAUAAUCACAAGUUGAUGCUGCAUUUUCAGUUAAAGCGAUAAUGAUCAACCUUGCAUUGAUGUUUUUACUUCGCUUGCCGUGCAUUUUUUUAUAUUUAUUUUUUGGGGGUUCCAUAUGUCCGUUCGCGCUCGAGCAGAAAACAAAUUAUUCUUCCAUCCUUUUUUCGCCAUAAUAUUGCCAACGGAGACGCGUUCUAACGUGCCUCUGCAAAAAAAAACAACAACUCCAGUUUCCCCGUGGUAUCCGCCUCCUCCGCUCACCUCUCGCGAGGCCCCAGAGAGUUGCUGCUGAGCCCUUAAAGACUGCGGUCAAGUUCAGGGCCGCCCGGUCCGCCCGUGUCCACAAAUGCGCACCCACACUCGUUUCGCGAAGAUUUUGUUGCUGAUAAUCCGUCGGGGGGGGGGGGGGGCCCUCCGUUGCCAACCGUUGGUACAAAUCUUCCACAAAAAAAUCCCGAAUCCCUGCAGCGGUUGUCAAGUGGUGUGUUGUGUCAAAGGAUGUUUAAUCUUCACCCUCAAUGUUAUUCUUCAACAGGCGCCGGACCAAGAGAUCACAGACGCGCGCGCGUUCGUCUGUCUGGCUGUGUGUGUGUGGAGCGGUAGUGGAGCGGUUAGCGCGCUGCGCUACGAACCCAGCGGCCAGAGUGAUUCCUGCUCAACGCCAACACCAGUGACGAUUAUCUGAACCGGUCCUGAGCCUCCACUAGGUCGACUCGGCCUAAAUUGAGUACCUGCUGCGGUGUGUAAAAUAUCGCCACUGGGGAGACAAAGGCGGCCGGGCAUGGUGCUGGCCACCCACACCCUCCUGUGCCGUGCCGGCUUUCAUAGGUGCUCUCUAAACAGCCCUUACCCGAACAGUCGGUUAAAGGUUAUAGGGAAAAUGCCAUACCGAUAUACGCUUUAUACACUUUACAGUAAAAAUUCCAUUUAUCUGCUGGUGCUUGACUUUACCACCUCUGCAAUGUCGCAUUCGAUUUAUUUAUUUCAUUUUUCCUCCCCUAUCGUUACUUCCCGCUAGUGGACGGCUGUGUUGGGAAUGCCAAUGUUUUAACGAGUGCCUGGUUAGGUUUGUGUUGUUUGCUACUCGUGGUCAGUUACACUCGGCCAUUUGUGCCAUUGUUACUUUUUAACGAGCCGAGGGUUGUUGUUGUUCAAGCCGGGCCAGCAACAUGCCAUAAUUCACCUUCGUUGCACGUUCUUGUAAACUAUCCAUUAGCAAAAUAAAUAAUUUUAAGCAUCUGG